UGUCACAUCUACUUACCAGUCCGCCGUAGUCCAUGGUGGUGUAAAAAGUCAUCGCCACAUGGGGGUGACAAAAAGGUCUCCCGUUGAAUUUCGUUUCUCGUCCGUUUAUUUUGUGGUAAGAAAGAAUGGCGAGCAUUCGAGUAGCAAAGUCCUCGAUGGAGUCAGCCUUCUGUAUAACUGUCAAAUAUGUUAUUUUCGUAUGGCUUCUAAUGAAGGAUUGGUUGGCUGCUGCUCCCUUUGGGAAGGAAACUGACCAUGGACUCUGCAAAGCUUCUUCUGCUAUCUCUGCUUCUUUUCUGGCACCAAACGAGCUCUGGCUCUCAUGAUACCUUAGCUGCAAAUGAAUCCAUCAGCGACGGGAGCCUGGUGAUCUCCAGAGGUGGUAGAUUUGCUCUGGGAUUUUUCAGUCCUGGUAGUUCGAGCUAUAGAUAUCUUGGCAUUUGGUACCAUGAUAUAGGAGAGCAAACUGUGGUGUGGGUUGCAAAUCGUAAUGAUCCCAUCACUGGGACUUCAGGGAUUCUUACGGGUCAUGGAUAUUGCAGCCUUUUCCUCUACAGUAAUAGUAGCAGCAAGCUUCCCAUAUGGUCUGCUAAUGUUUCAGCGGGAUCAAAUGGCACAUGUGUAGCUCAGUUGUUGGAUUCUGGAAAUUUUGUGUUGAAGGAAGGUGCAAGUAAGAGUACUACUCUGUGGCAAAGCUUUGAUUAUCCGUCGGACACUGUACUGCCUGGGAUGAAAAUUGGGUUGAGUAGGAGAACAGGUUCGAGCAGCUUCUUGACAUCUUGGCGAUCAGCAGACGAUCCAGGUAUAGGGAAUUUCUCAUAUAAGCUUAAGCCAAGUGCCUCGCCGCAGUUGUUUAUGUACCAAGGUACCAUUCCUUAUUGGCGGGGCGCUCCUUGGCAGUGGGAGAGGUGGGAGGAUAACCAUGAAUUCUACAAAGACUCAUUUGUAGACAACGACGAUGGGAUAUUCCUCUCAUCUGCUACUGUGGACUCUUCUUUACUCGUAAGGGCAGUCGUCGAUCCUUCAGGAAUCUUGACGGCAAUGACACGUGAUGAAAGCGAUGGCCAGUGGAGGGUCUUCUAUUCAUCCCCUAAGCAGAAGUGUGAUUUCUAUGGAAGUUGUGGCCCUAACAGUAAGUGUGAUCCUGGCAUUGUUUUCCCGUUUGAAUGUGCUUGUUUACCUGGUUAUGAACCUAGGUACCCCAGAAUGUGGCAUUUGAGAGAUGGAUCUGGCGGGUGUGUCAGAAAGAGAUUAGAAUCAUCUUCGAUUUGUAGGAAUGGAGAAGGGUUUGUGAGAGUAGGAAAAGUGAAGCUUCCUGAUACUUCAGCAGCCAUCUGGGUGGACUUGGGAAGAAGGAAAUUGACCUGUGAAGGUGAAUGCAGAAAGAACUGCUCAUGCUCUGCAUAUGCUACCAUGGCUAUUGAUGGGAAAGGGAUUGGUUGUUUGACAUGGUAUGGAACACUGAUUGAUACAGUUAACUAUCCAGUCCGUGCUUACGAUCUCUAUGUUCGUGUUGAUGCUAUUGAACUAGCUGAUUAUCUGAAGGAAUCCAGUGGCUUUCUCGAGUUGAAGAUGAAGUUGCAGUUGAGCAGCAUCAUUCCGUCCAUUGUCUCAGUAUGGGUUGUCAUUGUCUUGUCUGUGUAUUUGUGGCUCAGAAAGAGGAGAAGGAGUAGGGCGAAGAACAUACAGAUCAGAAAUCUAUUUCAUCCAACUGAUGGUUCAAACUACUUGGAAGAUUCUGUGGCUCCAACAGACAUCAAGCGAAGUACUGUCUACCCUGAAUUACCUUUUUUCGGCCUCAGCACCAUAUAUGAAGCCACUGACAGUUUUUCCCCAGAAAACAAACUUGGACAAGGGGGUUUUGGUUUAGUGUACAAGGGAAAGCUGUCAAACGGACAAGAGGUGGCUAUAAAACGAUUGUCCAAAAAUUCAAGAGAGGGGCUGGAGCAAUUCAAGAAUGAAGUAUUCUUGAUUGCAAAGCUCCAACACAGGAACCUUGUGAAGCUUCAUGGUUGCUGCAUUGAGCAAGAUGAACAGAUACUGAUUUAUGAGUACCUGUCCCGCAAUAGUUUGGAUUCCCUUCUCUUUGUUGACGAGAGCCUAAGAUCAUCUUUGGAUUGGAGGAAACGGUUUAACAUCAUUGUUGGUAUUGCUCGUGGGAUCUUGUAUCUUCAUCAGGAUUCCAGAUUCCGAAUAAUUCAUAGAGAUCUGAAACCUAGUAAUAUUCUCCUGGAUGCUGAGCUGAAUCCCAAAAUUUCUGAUUUUGGGAUGGCUAGAAUAUUGAACGGUGACCAAAUGGAAAGGAAGACAAGUAGAAUUGGAGGAACGUAUGGUUACAUGUCACCUGAGUAUGCGCUCUUUGGAAGGUUUUCUGUGAAAUCCGACGUGUUCAGCUUUGGGGUGAUAUUACUGGAAACCGUCACUGGAAAGAAGAUGAAUGAGCUGUCCCAUGAAGAUCCUUCAUUGAGUUUGAUCGGUCAUGUGUGGGAAUUAUGGAAGACAGACAGAGUCUCGGAGCUGGUCGAUUUGUCGCUGUCAUUGUCACAUAAGGACUCGAACGAGGCACUGAGAUGCAUCCAAAUCGGGCUGUUGUGCGUGGAGGAAAUUGCAGCACAUCGACCUGAUAUGCUGGCUGUGGUUCUUAUGCUGAACAGCGAAACAACACCUGUUCCGACUCCCAAGCGACCUGCAUUUGUUUGCGUGAGACCCAAGGCAUUGCUCGCAGAAGAACGUACUUGCUCGUUAAAUGAGAUGUCAUUUUCAGGGAUCUUAAGUCGCUGACAUACCCUCUCCUUAGUCGAAUGCUAGAUAUCAAUCGUCUAAGAAAGUGGUUAAAGUUAC